AUGCAGGCGCGCCAUGUUGCUGCUGUCCUGCCUGUUGAUGCCAUUGUUGAUCUGGAUGCGGAGGUUGAACUUGCUGAGGAGCUCCGUGAGGUUGAGGGGGGUAAUGUGACUGAGGAUAUUGCCCUUGACUGUAGGGUGCUUGUGGUGGUUGCUGCCCAUAAUGGGAUUGGGGAGCAGGUGGUUGUCCAUAAGGAGCCUGUUGUGGAUAUCCUUGAGGCGGCUGCUGAAAUUGACCUUGUUGACCAGGAGGAGGAUAAUGUUGUUGGCCAGGGGGAGCCGAAUAGCCGUACUGCUGAUUUGGCGGGACUCCUGGUUGCCCUUGUUGAGGGUAGCCGUAAGGUUGCUGUUGUUGUUGUUGUUGCCCUUGAGGAGGUUGAUAGUAACCUUGACCAGGUUGUCCCUGUCCCGGAUAGCCUGGCUGGCCCUGAGGGUUCUGCCAGUAUGGAGGUUGUGGUGAAGUCAUUGUGUGAGAUUGAACAAGACAGUUCUUGA